AGUCAGUGAUGCUUCAGCCUGCAGACACCAUGAAGGCAACUCUGCUUUUCCUCCUGUUGUUGAGCGUCUGCCAGACGUCUGUCCACAGUCGGGCCUCUGUGACAGUCACCCCCAAUAAGUCUCAGUUUGUAGAUUAUGACAAAGUCUCCGUGAGCUGUGAGCAGAUGAGCUCCGGUGAAUGGACAACGUGGAGAUGCACCACAAAAAGUAAGACUGUGACCCAGUGUGGAGUGGGCUGGGGCAAGCAGAAUUCCUCCACCUGCGUCAUCAACUCAGUCAAGCAGACCGACAGCGGAGUGUACUGGUGUCAAUCCAAACAGGGAGAGAGCAGCAACACCGUCAACAUCACCGUCAUUGGUGGACCAGUGAUCCUGAGGAGUCCUGUCCUCCCUGUGAUGGAGGGACAUGACGUCACUCUGUCCUGUAGGACAACGACGUCCUCCAACCUCCCAGCUGGUUUCUAUAAAGAUGGCUCCUUCAUCAGGACUGAGCCUGAAGGUCACAUGACCAUCCAGCAUGUUACCAAGUCUGAUGAAGGCCUCUACAGGUGUAACAUGACAGGUGGAGAGUCUCCACCCAGCUGGCUGCUGAUGAAAGAUGAUUCGGACCCGGUCUCGCUCUCGGUGUCUCCUGACUCCUCUCAGCUGUUAGAGUACGAGAAUCUGUAUCUGAGCUGUGGCGACAACAGCGGCUCUCACGGGUGGAGGGUCAACAAGUUCAAUGCGACUACAAUUAUGUCCAGCUGUAAAGAUGAAUGGAGGAAUCAAACCACUGUCGGCUGCUUCAUCCAGAUGGUCAAGCACAGCGCCACCUACUGGUGCGAGUCUCCUGCAAAGCAGCGGAGCAACUCUGUCAAGAUCAGCGUCACUGGUGGACCAGUGAUCCUGAGGAGUCCUGUCCUCCCUGUGAUGGAGGGACAUGACGUCACUCUGUCCUGUAGGACAACGACGUCCUCCAACCUCCCAGCUGGUUUCUAUAAAGAUGGCUCCUUCAUCAGGACUGAGCCUGAAGGUCACAUGACCAUCCAGCAUGUUACCAAGUCUGAUGAAGGCCUCUACAGGUGUAAGAUGACAGGUGGAGAGUCUCCACCCAGCUGGCUGUCUGUCACAGGAAGUGACCUGCCCGUCUCCAUGGUGAUGACCCCGCCCACUCAGGCUGAGGAGGGAUUGGAUGAUGACUAUGAUGACAUCAUCACUGCUGCCGCCACGGAGCAUCACUUCUGAGAUUUAAACGCUUCUUAUCUUCUAAUUUAAGCAUCUCUGUGAGAGCAGGUAGCUAAGUCAGGUUAACUGAAGCCUGUUAACUCAGAGAAAGACUGACUCUGUUGAACUUAACUCAAGAUACAGAAUGUUCUGCAGAGCGGUCGACGUGUUUUUGGUCCAAAUUAAAGCUGAUAGUUCAGAUUCUGCUGUGAGUCGUGUUUUCUCUGUUAAUAUCAAGUUAACGAAUUCUAAAAUCCUUCUCACUUGUUAUAAUAAAUAUAUGUAAUUUAUAGGGCUAUCAAAUAAAAUA